UGAGACCAUGUACUGCUUCCCAGAGGUGUCCAAGUGUUUUGUCCUAGAUAUCACCGAAGAAGGGGAACCGGGCAUGAAACAACAAGAAAGGGGGAUUUCUCAGUUCGAGCACCACUCACUCGGCAUUAUAGACGGAAAGAAUGCUGUAGUCCAGACCAACAAUUGGCUGAUUGUUGGCAGCGUGGACCGCAAAGACCUGCAUGACAAUCUCGCCAACUUCCACGCUGACUUCGCCGUGUUCGCCGCUACGAAGCUUCCCGAAAAUGCCAAGUUCCUCUCAGACCAGAGAGGAACAGACCCACAAACCGACAAUGGGGGAGAUGCUCAACAGCGAAAUGGGCGGCUACUGGAGCUGACGUGCAGAAAUGAUGCAUUGCCUGUAAGAAAGUACCAUAUAAUCAACCCAGCCGGAUGCGAAUAUCUAGUCCUGUGUCCCCCUUCAACGGCAGCCGGAACCACCUGCGAGGACACCCGCCACAUCACCGACUGGUUCUACUCAGCAUGCCUCUGCUGCCCCGAGCACACACACUAUAGGCAGUGCACUGGCUGUCAGGAACUUUAGACAACAUUAUAUGAUUGUCACAAGUUCUACUUCUGAUAGAUUUGCGAGGAUGUAAGCAAAGUCUCACGACUAAUUGCCUGCGUGUGAUGAGGUUUUGUUUUGGUGUGUUCGGUCUGUUUGUAUCGUAGACGUAGUUAUCUGUAUUCAGCAGAAUGACAGGAAGUGCAGACGGAACGAACGUUGGUACCGACGUUAAGUCAGGUCAGAGGUCUCAGAAAGAUUAUCUCACUCCCUGAAUUCAGUUCCCUGCUAAAUGCGUGUUUGAUAUCUUUUCAGAGCCAGUGGAAGAAUGCAUUAGACAGAAUCGGCAAGACAUUAAAAAGAAAGAAUAAACAAGAAAUCCAAAGAAAUUUUGAAAAAAAGUCACCGACGCAUGUGAUCUUCGUUUUUGUUGUUGAUUACUCUGUCUUGUUGAGGUCUUCAGGUCUUUGCUAUUAAACAAUCGGACGAAAUCUGUGUACUGCCUCCCUCCUAAACUGUGAGGUCCAAUCCGACACGUCCUUAUAAAGUUUAAUAAACUUGUUUCUACCCACUCAAGCCUUUGUCUAGUGAGAACGGGAAUAGCACACCAUAUGCCCAGAGAGUUGUAGUAAGAUUGGCGUUUGUAAGUUCAUUGUUUGUAAAAUUCAGUGCUUGAUUUGGCAUAUGUAACGUUACUCCAUUGUGACGAAAAUUUCCUUUAAUUAUUUGAGUGUGAAGUUGGUGUUGUCAUGCAUGAGUAUAACAUAUAAUUGUGAUCGCUGUCAUUUUUAUCGCCUGAUGAAAGAACAAAAUCGUGUAAAU